UUGAAAGAGUUACACAGAGCGAGAAGGAGAGGCAGAGAGAAAGUUCUUUCAUCCACUGGUUUACUCCCCAGUUGGCCACAAUGGCUGGAGCUGCGCUGAUCCAAAGACAGGAGCUUCCUCUGGGUCUCCUACGCAGGUGCGGGGGCCCAAGGACUUGGGCCUUCUUCUGCUGCUUUCCCAGGCCAUAGCAGAGAGCUGGAUCGGAAGUGGAGCUAGCAUUUGGGACUGGCACUCAUAUGGGAUGCCAGUGCUUCAGGCCAGGGCUUUAACCCGCUUUAACGGCACUUUAACAGCGCCAGCCCCAUGUUGGCAGAUUUUAAAGCGGAGUAUAUCUACUGCCCCUAAAGACAUCGGUGUCUUACUUGCUUCGGAUCACUCUUUGAGCUGCCAGCAUUUCCACACGUCCUUUGUCUGUCAGAGGUUGAAUGCGGUUCAAGGUUUUCUAACACUUUGUUGAAUCGGCUCUAAGGCUAUUAACCUGGUGGAUUAUCGCUGCCCUAGAGUCCCUGCUUAGCCAUGGACUUACUUUAUGAGUGAACUGCAAGCUGAUUUCCCGACACAACUGGGACAAGGGUGUGGUGUUGGUUGGAGAGCCUGGGCUUGGUGGUGGCCUGGGCCUUCCUUUAGUCCGUUUGGGGUAACUGCAGAGGCACCCCAGCUGCCGCUCUUGCUCUUGAAAGCUCUCACUCUAAAUAGAUCAGCCCUCAUUACAUAAAAUGGAGGCAAACCCAGAAGAUUCUGGGAGUCAGCUUUCCAAGAAAGAGCUCGGAGGCUGUGAGACUUCGGAAUGCUGUGAUUUUCCCAGGGUAUUCACUUGCAUGGCUCACAGAAACAGUUUCUAAACUCCACUGUGAAAAGCCGCUGGCUUGCCUGUCCUGGCCCCCAGGUUUUUACUGCUAUAGUUUCCCUGCUACCAUCUGGAGUUGAUUCAUGUAUAUUCCCACGAAUAUGCAAAUACAUGCACCUGCUCCCCACUUACCAGAAAACAAACAAAACAAAAAAAAACCAGGCUCCUGUUAUGGCCGCUGUUAUAUCUGCUGUUUUUCAUUCUGGCACAGUUUAUUCAGUUGCUUCCUCUUUGCUAGACAGCAAGUUAGGUAACUUCAGUCAUCUUUCUCUGUCACACCCGCGGGGGAGACCUGGAAGAAGCUCCUGGCUUACUUUCGGCCCAGCUCCAGCUGUUACGGCCAUUUGGGGAGUGAACCAGUGGAUGAAAGAUCCACCCCCACCCCCACCCCCCUUUCUCUCUGUACCUCUGCCUUUCAAAUAAAUAAAUAAAUAAAUAUUUUGAAAAAAAAAUUCGUAAUAUUUAAAAGAAAACUUUAGGACUGGUUAGCGACCUGUGGGGCAAUUCAAUCUCUACCCCACCCCUGUACUUUGAAAAAGAUUUAAAUAUAAAAAUAAAAACUGGUAGAUUCAAAUAUAAAACUGCAGGAGUGAGUGGCUUAGAGAUGCCCUGUUAAGUAAUGCCCUGUGCUCUAUCAGAGUACCUGGUCCAGUGCCUGGUCCUGUCUCCUGAUGCCUGCUUCCUGCAAGUGCAGAUUCUGUGAGGUGAUUGGUCCCUGCCACCAUGUGGAGAGACCCGGAUUGAGUUUCCUAGUUCCUGGCCUUGACCCCCACUUGGUGCCAUUUUGAGGGUGUUUGGGGAGCAAACCAGCACAUGGAAGUUUUCUCUCUCUCUUCCCCUCUCUGUCGUUAUUCUGCUUCUCUAAAUAAACAAGUAAAUAAAUACAUACAGCUGCAAAUGGUAAGCAAUAAUGAAAGUAAAAAACUUGAGCUGUGCGUUUGUGGCGUGUAGGACUCCCCUUUGUGUCACCAGGCCCAAAUGUGUGACUCAGGCGAGAAGAGGGCUAUGAGUUUCAUGUCUCAGUCACCCUGCGCUCAGGGGCAUUGUGCACCCCCGCCCCCCACCCUCCCACCACCACACCUGAAGGGCGUUUUUGGUUUUCCCAAUGAUACUGUUAACAUCCUGCAGUGCAUAGGACAGCCCCGCAGGACGUGACCUGGCCCAGGGCUCUGGUAGAGACCCUGGCUUAGGACACUGGGAGGUGAUUUGUCACAGCUCUUUCCUCUUUACCGUGCUUGCUGGGAACUGCUCAGGGAACACUGGUCGGAGGGAGUGGACGCCAACAGCCUCGAUGUGUGUGGACAUUUACCAGUGUUGAGCUGGAGGUAAACCCUUACCAGCUGGAAAAUUGCACUUGCCGUCUUUGUGUUGGCAUCAGUAUUCUAGCAGUUGGACUGGAGAGGAUUAUUUUGGAAGUUUGUGCGACAAAACAUGCGUAAGAUGUAGACUCUGCUUACGGGGAAGUUGGACUUCCUCGCAGGCGAGCAGAGGUGCAAGUGUUUUCAUUCCUGGGAGCUUCCGGAAGCAAAACAAGGCUGGGCCUGUUCUGGGGGCAGCUUCUGCGUGGCCAGCCUGGGAACAGAACCCGUGGCUGAGGGCAGAAGAAGGACGGGGAGAGAAGGCCCUGUUCAGGAACGACAGAAAAUCUGCAAAGCUGUUGAAGCUACAGGCUGUGAAGGCCAUAAAUGUACAGCACAGGAGACUCCAGACUUUAUGAGAAGAUGCCUGGUGGCCGGACCCCUGGACCCUGCUUAGAGAUGGACAUUGCUCUUGUAGAAAGCGGAUGUGUGGGAUAACAUGUCCAGUGUGUCCGAGGAGAGACGAAAAAGGCAGCAAAACAUUAAGGAAGGCCUGCAGUUCAUACAGUCGCCGCUGUCGUACCCGGGAACGCAGGAACAGUAUGCGGUAUAUCUGCGUGCUCUGGUGAGAAAUCUUUUUAAUGAAGGAAAUGAUGUGUAUCGGGAGCGUGAUUGGAAAAGCUCAAUAAGCCAGUACACAGAAGCUUUGAAUAUAGCUAAUUAUGCAAAGUCUGAAGAAAUUUUAAUCCCUAAGGAAAUCAUUGAAAAACUGCAUAUAAACCGUAUUGCCUGCUAUUCUAAUAUGGGUUUCCAUGAUCAAGUGUUAGAAGACUGUGAUGCAGUCCUCAGUUUAAAUGCCAGUAACUGCAAAGCUCUGUAUCGGAAAUCGAAGGCUUUGAGUGAUUUGGGACGAUACAAAGAAGCCUACGAUGCUGUAGCAAAGUGCUCCCUUGCGGUGCCACAGGAUGAACAUGUAAUAAAACUAACUCAGGAGCUGGCUCAGAAAUUGGGAUUUAAAAUAAGAAAAGCAUAUGUUAGAGCUGAGGUCUCAUUAAAAUCGGGUCCUGGGGAUGGGACUACCAAGGCUUUGAAUUAUUCUGUGGAAGAUAUUGAAGCAGAUUUGGUACCUCCGAGGCACGAGGCCGUCGCUGCCGUCUCUUUACCGGCGUCCAGUUUUCCUCAUGACGUUGGAAGUGAGCUGGCCUCGGUUGCUGUGACGCCCCUAGCUUCUCUUUUGCCGCUGCAAGUGGAAGAGAGUGCCCUGCCCUCCGCAGUGCUGGCCAACGGGGGGCAGGCGCCCUUCGCUGCGCAGGACAUGUUUUUAGAUGAUGCAGACAUGAUCCUUGGAGACGAAAUCGAUGACCUCCUCGAUUCUGCCCCUGAAGCCAGUGAGAGCGUGAUGCCUCCAGCUUUAGUGCGAGGACCCCUUCCGACAGCCAGCGUCACCCCUAGCUUGCCCUUUUCGCCGUCUCUGUUAGGAACCUUACCCAUCGGGGCGAGGUACGCUCCUCCACUCUCCUUUUCAGAACUGUAUCCGCCUUUGACCUCAUCCCUGGAAGAUUUCUGUUCUUCUUUAAAUUCAUUUUCAGUGAGUGAAUCCAAAAGAGAUCUGUCCACCUCAACUUCUAGAGAGGGAACAACGCUUAACAACAGUAAUUCUUCCCUUUUACUUAUGAAUGGACCAGGUAGUUUAUUUGCUUCUGAGAGUUUCCUGGGAAUCUCAAGUCAGCCUAGAAAUGACUUUGGAAACAUUUUCGCAAGUGCAGUCACUAAGCCAUCGUCAUCAGUGACUCCGAGACAUCCCCUGGAAGGAACCCAUGACUUGAGACAAGCUUGCCAGAUCUGUUUUGUAAAAUCAGGCCCUAAGUUAAUGGAUUUCACUUACCAUGCUAAUAUCGAUCAUAAGUGUAAGAAAGACGUUUUAAUUGGUAGGAUAAAGAAUGUGGAAGAUAAAUCAUGGAAAAAAAUACGCCCAAGACCAACUAAAACAAAUUAUGAAGGACCAUAUUACAUAUGUAAAGACGUUGCUGCUGAGGAGGAGUGUCGGUACUCUGGCCACUGCACUUUCGCCUACUGCCAGGAAGAGAUAGAUGUGUGGACGCUGGAGCGCAAGGGGGCCUUCAGUCGCGAGGCUUUCUUCGGUGGCAAUGGAAAGAUCAGCCUGACCGUGUUCAAGCUUCUCCAGGAGCAUCUCGGAGAGUUUAUGUUCCUUUGUGAGAAAUGUUUUGAUCAUAAACCUAGAAUGAUAAGUAAAAGAAAUAAAGAUAAUUCUACUGCCUGUUCUCACCCAGUUACAAAGCAUGAGUUUGAAGACAAUAAGUGCCUUGUCCACAUUUUGCGAGAAACAACAGUAAAAUACUCGAAGAUACGUUCUUUUCAUAGUCAGUGUCAGCUUGAUUUAUGUCGACAUGAGGUUCGCUACGGCUGUUUAAGGGAAGAUGAAUGUUUUUAUGCCCAUAGUCUUGUGGAAUUGAAAGUGUGGAUAAUGCAGAGUGAGACAGGUAUCUCACAUGAUGCCAUCGCUCAAGAGUCUACGCGGUAUUGGCGAAAUUUGGAAGCAAAUGUUCCCGGAGCGCAGGUACUUGGCAGUCAAGCAAUGCCUGGGUCUCUCAAUAUGAAGAUAAAAUUUGUGUGUGCUCAAUGUCUGAGAAAUGGUCAAGUCAUUGAACCAGACAAAAACAGAAAAUAUUGUAGUGCAAAAGCAAGGCAUUCGUGGACCAAAGAUCGCCGUGCGAUGAGAGUGAUGUCUAUUGAACAUAAGAAGUGGAGGAACAUCCGUCCUCUCCCCACAAAGAAACAAAUGCCUGUACAGUUUGAUCUAUGCAACCAUAUUGCUUCUGGGAGAAAAUGUCAGUACGUUGGGAACUGUUCCUUUGCGCACAGCCCCGAGGAGCGAGAAGUGUGGACCUACAUGAAGGAGAAUGGCAUACAAGAUAUGGAGCAGUUUUAUGAACUGUGGCUGAAGAGUCAGAAAAAUGAAAAAAGUGAUGAUGUAGCCAGUCAGUCCAACAAGGAAAAUGGAAAACAAAUUCACAUGCCCACAGACUAUGCGGAAGUCACCGUGGACUUCCACUGCUGGAUGUGUGGGAAGAACUGCAACAGUGAGAAGCAGUGGCAAGGCCACAUCUCCUCGGAGAAGCACAAGGAGAAGGUGUUCCACACCGAGGACGACCAGUACUGCUGGCAGCACCGUUUUCCAACGGGAUAUUUUAGUAUUUGUGAGAGGUAUAUGAAUGGUAGCUGCACAGAAGGAAACAGCUGUAAAUUUGCACAUGGAAACGCUGAACUUCAUGAAUGGGAAGAAAGAAGAAAUGUCCUAAAGAUGAAGCUCAGCAAAGCACGAAAAGAUCACUUAAUUGCCCCAAAUGAUAAUGACUUUGGAAAAUAUAGUUUUUUGUUUAAAGAUUUAAACUAAUAUGCUGGCUUCUAUGUAUGUAACCUAAUCAGAGCAUUGACCAGAGAAAUUGCAAGUGUUGUAAGGCACGUAGCAGAGGGGCUCAGACUUUCUGCUUGAAUUGGCACAUAUCCUGAGCAGCAACCCACAGUAGGUAGGAAAACGGGCUGUUUAACGGGUCUGGCCCAGCUCUCACGGAACCAUUGGCAUCAAAUGGCGAGGUGACUGCUCCCCGGCUGCCGUCUGUUGAAUGGAGUGUGGGAGGAGGAGUUGGAGAGGAGGUGAGGGUAUGUCUGGGGCGACUCUCUGCGUUGGUCCUUCAGUGCAGAACCGUGAUGCUAAGAGAAUACACACUUGGACCGGGAUCAGAGUACAUGCGGGAUGAAAUUUCUUCACUUAGCAGAACGAACGUAUUUAAUAAUGUUUGCUACUUAUCUGUACGUAGGUUGCUUAAAAAAGGAUUUUCUUAACUCAGAUUUUAAGCCAAAUAACCAUUUAACACCAGUACCUGUUAAAUGGGGUAUUUUUCUGUAUUUGUAUGUUUCACUAUAAUAAGGGAACUGAGGAUAAUGUGCAUUGAGAAUAUUUUGAAAAAAAUCAGUUGACUCAAAUUUUAUUUCUUGGUCUUUUGCUGUUUAAAUGAUUUCAAUGAUUAAACUUGUACUGUUGGUAUUGUGUAGUGUAUGGACCAAUACUGCCUGUAAUAAAGAUUUUAUAUAUAAA